AUGGUGGUAAAAUUGACUUAUUUCGCAAUGUCAGGUCGUGGGGAACCCAUAAGAUUGUUACUGUCUUACUCCAAGACGGAAUUCGAAGAUAUCAGGAUUGGCACAGCGGAGGAAUGGCAGAAACUGAAACCAACCCUGAAGUUGCCACAUUUGCCAAUGCUGGAAGUGGAUGGAAAAACUUAUUUUCAAGCGUUUGCGAUUUGCCGCUACUUAGCUCGAAAGGCAGGUCUGAACGGUUCUUCUGAAGAAGAAGGCCUUGCUAUUGAUGCAACUGUGGACACCUUGAUGGAUAUGAUAACAAAAAUAAUUCCGGCUUAUUACAGGCCUGAUUCUGAAGAAAGAAGUAAACUUUUGAAAGCAUUAGUUGAAGACACAAUUCCAUUUUAUUUGAAUAUAAUUGAAAAACAGCUGGAGGAAAACAAUGGAUUCUUAGUCGCUGGAAAGCUUACUUGGGCUGACUUUGUGGUUUUGACUGUUGGUACUUAUCUACCUGGUUUAUUCAAAGUAGACAUUUUAGCGGAUUUUCCAAAACUGAAGGAACACCAUCAAAAGAUUUCUGAAUUGCCAGGAAUCAAAGAAUGGAUUGAAAAGCGACCUGCAGAUCCAGAAGAUUAUAGGACUUUAUUUUUUUAAUUAUAUCUCAAAUAUAAUUCCUUUUGAAUAUCACUCAUACAAUGAUAUCGUAAAUGCCCAUCUGAAGAUAUAAUAUUAUGCAAAAUGUAAAAGCCUAUUGACAAUGUAUUAUUAUUAAUAAACUAUAAUAAUAU